AGUCUAAUUGGCGUCCAUAUACCGACAUUAAGUCAGUUUAAUUUUAAAUUUUAUAAUACACUUCCUCGACUAGAAUUCGAUUCUGAAAUUAUAAAGGAUGUCAGACGAAGAAGAUGUGACUUAUGUGAAAAAACCAAAAACAAUUCAUUAUGGUUCUUUAGAAGAUCAAGAACGUAUCCGUUUGGCAACUUUGCAGGCCAAUUCUGAAAGCGAUACCGACCAAAAAGUUGGAGGAAAUAUUAAUGUAUCUAGUGGUAAUAAUAUAAUCAAUAAAUAAUAGCCUGGUAAAUUAUUAUUUAAAUAAUAUUUAUUACAGAAUAUUUUGAUUUGGAGGAUGCUAUAUCCAAAGACAAACAGGCUUUACUUGAAGAAUUUGAACGCAAGAAAAAAGCCAGACAUGUUCAAGUUUCUACUGACGAUGAUGAAGUCAAAAAAAACCUCAGAAAACUUGGUCAAGCUAUAUGCUUAUUUGGCGAAGGGCCUGCUGAAAGGAGAAAUAGAUUGCGAGAACUGCUUUCAAGGUUUGUAGUAAUUUUGCCUAGUAGAUUUUUUUUUUUUUAAAUAUACCUGUAACACCAGUAAUUAAUACCAACAUAUUUAAAUAAAAAUUAACCUUUCAACCUCUAGAGUCCUCAAGUACCUUCAGAAACAUAUAGCGUAAUAGCUUAGUGUACUCAUAUGGUGCCACUCUGUUUCUCAAAAAUCUUAUUUUAAAAUCUAUUUUAUUUUAUUUUCGUGUAGUAUACUCACCUAUUUUUAGUAAACUAACACAAAGUAUAAACUAAAAUAUUCUCGGUACUGAUGAUUUAAAUAAGGACUUUUCUGCAGUUUUGUUUCUUCUAAAUCAAAUAUUCGUGUUUUGUUAAAUUGUUUAAUAAAUAUCUUAGUUAUGUAAUGGUAUUUAUUUAUUAUUUUAGGGUAGGAGAAGAUAUUGUAGCUAAAAAACCAGAAGAAGAAAAAGAGAAACGUCAGCAAAUUAAAGAUCAGGAUACAACAUGGUACCACGAAGGUCCACCGUCAUUAUUAGAUGCACGUUUGUAUAUUACAGGUAUGGAUUAUAACAAGUACAUGAAAUAAAUUUGAACAGAACUUCAUAAUAGAAUGAUUCUAAAUAUAAACUUCAUAAUUUGAUAACUAUUAAAACACCAUAAUUUUAAGUACACCUACCAUAGUGUGAUUUUCAUAUUUAAUGGAAAAAAUUGUCAUUUUCCUUUAUCCCCCUUUGUAGAGGAAAAAUAUAAAAGGUACAAUACCACCAACUUACUUUACAACUUGUUUUUUUAGAUUAUUCAUUGUUAAGGUCACAUUUUCGUUUGGAAAAACUUAGAGAAGAAGCCAGUAUACCUGAAUCAACACUUACCGCCCGCUUACAAGACUUACACAAAUACACAACAUCUCUAUCUAUAUAUUGUAGUCAAAUUGGUGAUACUAGACCAAUAUCAUAUUGUCGUUUUAGCCCAGAUUCACGAUUCAUAGCUACAUCGUCUUGGUAAACUUUAUUAAUUUUCAUAUAAUUAUUUAGAUUAUAUUGGAAAAUAAUUUUAUUAAUAUCUAUCAAUACUAUUUUUUGAAGGAGUGGGUUGUGUAAGUUAUGGUCAGUUCCUGACUGUUCAUUAGUUAAAACAUUUAGAGGGCAUAAUUGUAAUGUCUGUUCCAUAACAUUUAAUCCGCACUCAGGCACAGAUGAUAAUGUAUGCGAUCUUGUAUCAUGUGCCAGUGAUGGUUCUGUAAAAUUAUGGUCAAUCGAUAGGUAAAUAAUUUUAUAUCACAUAAAGGUACCUAGUGUACUUUGUUUGUAUACAUAUAAUGUAUUUGAAAUUUUAUAUUUCCAGUAAAAAGGAAGAACCUGUAGCAGACUUGGAAGGUCAUGCACCAUUCAGAGUAUCAAGAGCUAUUUUUCACCCAUCUGGUAGGUUUUUGGGCACUUGCUGUUUUGACAAUUCAUGGCGAUUAUGGGAUUUAGAACAAGCAGAAGAGGUUCUUCAUCAAGAAGGACAUUGUAAACCAGUUUAUUGUAUGUCAUUCCAAUGUGAUGGUUCAAUUGUGGCAACUGGGUAAACCAAUUUAUCAAUUGUUAUGAUUUUUUUUUUUACUUAUUAGUAUUUUAAUUUUUAAGAUUGUACUUAUAAAGCAUUAUUUAUUUUUCAAUUAAAGGGGCUUAGAUGCUUUUGGACGUGUUUGGGAUUUGCGUACAGGAAGAUGUAUUAUGUUUAUGGAAGGUCAUUUAAAAUCCAUAUACAGUAUCGACUUUUCUCCCAAUGGGUAACAUUUUUUAAUUUAAUGAUUCCAUUGUAAACUUAAAUAAUUGUGUUUUAAUUAUUAUAUUAUAUUCAGUUAUCAACUGGCUACUGGCAGUGAAGAUAACACUUGUCGAAUUUGGGAUGUUAGAAAAAGAGCUUGUCUAUAUACUAUACCAGCACACAUGAGUCUUGUUUCAGGACUGAGAUAUCAACCUGAAGGUCAUUUUAUUGUUACAUCAUCAUAUGACAAUACAAUCAAGGUUUUAAUUUAUAGUCAUUAAAUUUAUGUGCAAAUUAGUUUCUAAAUAAAUAUAAAAAUGAUAACUUUUAAUUUUUAUAGAUUUGGGCAAAUAAAACAUGGCAAAUGCUUAAAACACUAUCCGGUCAUGACAACAAAAUUAUGGGUGUGGACAUAUCACCAGAUUCUAAAUAUAUAGCAUCCUCGUCAUAUGAUAGAACAUUUAAACUAUGGGCACCUGAAUACUCAACAUAAUUAUUUAAUUUAAGAAAUAUGUAAUUUAUAUUUGUUAAAAUAAUACAACUCAAAGAUUUUCCAUACAUACAUACAUUUAUUUAUUUAUUAUCUAAUAUUUCUUAUUUUAGCAAUUACUGCAACUACUUUUGAUGCAGCACCAAUUGAUGACGAUUUCAUAGUAUACUCAUCACUUUCUAAUCUUAAUAAAUUCAUUAUUUGCCUUGUAGUAUCAUUAAGUUUAACUCCAAGUUCUUCCAAUACAUAUCCCAAGUAUUC